UAUGAGUGUGCACAGAGUUUAUCAUGGAUCAGCUCAUGUUGUUUAUUUUAAUAAUGAAUCGAUCUUUAUGAUGCAAAGAGAAUGCAUUUGCUUUGGAAUAUUUCUUCUGUUAGAUAUAAUGACAGGAGAUGCCGACGCAGCACCUCUUCCAGUAUAUCCCACCGUAUUUCCUACAAAUAAUAUCAAUGGAUCAAAGAAAUUACCUCCAGAAGUUCAAAGUCAACAGUUUUCAGAAGUUCAGAAUCACAUAGAUUCUAGACUUCCACACAAGUCAAACAAGGUGUUAUCAUUAAGGAGCUUACUGGUACAGAGCGGAAAUGGAGGGCCAUUACUGGGAAAAGUUCGUGUAAAGAAAUCAAGCACCCAAAAGAGGCCACAGAAGCCUGGAUCUGCACGCACUGAUGAAACCAACAAGAGCAGCAGAUGGAGCAACUUGAUUCCCGGAUAUCCAAGACUUUCUCGAUUGGUAGUUCUCAGUGCUGCAAUAAUCGGAGGACUUGCUGCAGUUUCACUUCUUCUGUGGUUUAAAAUAAUGCAAAAGGGGAAUUUGGAGCAUGUUGUGAAAGAGGAAAUAGUAGAAAAGAAAGAAAGUAAGAAAAAAAAAGGAGAGGAUAAGGUUCCUAUUGUGGAUGACAUAAAGCAUGAAGUUGUUGAUGAUAGAGAUUAUGAUUAUAAACACCAUGACACUUGUGAAGAUGAAUAUCGUGAAGGGGAUAGCGAUUACUAUUAUGAUGAUUAUGAUGAAGCAGUAUAUAAAGAUGAAGAAACUACCAGCACUGACUCCAGAGAAGAUGCCUCAGAGGGUAAAACUGAAUCGGAAGAAGAGGAAGAGGGUGAGGAAGAGGAGGAGGAACAUGAAGAGGAUGAGAAAGAAGAUAUGAAGCAGAAGAUCAUGGGGAUGGCAAUGGAAAACAUAAUGGGUGAUGGAGAUAGUCUGAAGCUUGGAGCAGAAAAAUUAAAAGAAGCAACUGGGAAGGUGAAAGAAAUGAGCAAGAAUAUCAAAGGGAAAGUGAAAGAAGUGAAAGGAAAAGUUAAAGAGGUGAAAGGGAAAGUCAAAGAUACAGCCAAGAAGGUGAAAGGAAAAGUAAAAGAUACAGGAAAGAAGAUAAAGGGGAAUGUCAAGAAGAUGAAAGGAAAAGUUAAAGAUAUGAGUAAGAAAAUUAAAGGAAAAGUAAAGAAUUUGAAAGGGAAGGUAAAAAAUAUGGGCAAAAAAAUGAAAGGGAAAGUGAAAAAUUUAGGGAAAAAGAUGAAAGGUCUGGGCAAAAAGAUGAAAGGAAAGGUAAAAAAUGUGGGCAAAAAAAUAAAAGGUAUUGGCAAAAAAUUAAAGGGUAUGCGUGGGAAGAUGAAGGGCCUGGGUAAGAAAAUGAAAGGCUUGGGCAAAAAGUUAAAAGGCUUUGGGAAAAAGAUGAAAGGAUUUGGAAAGAAAAUGAAAGGAUUUGGAAAGAAGAAGAAGAAAUUUAGCCUUUUUUAG